GAACUUUCUUCCAUUAUUAUUGACUUUCGAAGAUUUCCAACAAGCAUGGGAGUUGUUAUUAUCACAUUUGCAGGAUUCAUGUUUAUAUUCGAAUCAGGAAGUAGCGAUUGCCUCCAUCAGAUCUUUGAACACAAUAAUUCAGCUUCCUGAGGAUGAAGCACAUACAGAUGAAUUUGGAAAGAAAAUCUUUCCAUUCUGGCAUACUGCAUGGCUUGUCUGGGAGAAAAUAGGUUUAGGCAUUAUUACAGCAUCCGAAAAAAAAAUUAUCAAAGCAGAUAAUCCUCCUAUUUCGUCACCAGCAGAUAGUGCGACAUCAACUUCAUCACGUUUCAACCAGGAAACCCUCACUGCCUAUAUUAUCACGUUCAACGAUCUCUAUAAAAUAUUACAUUUUAAUUUUUCUAUCGAGGAAAUAAGAAGGCUAUUGAAAGUUGUAUAUGGAACACUGACCUAUCCUAGUAGCCCUUCGUAUAGACCAGAUCACGAUUACCUCACCCCCUUACAAGAGGCAGUUUUGGAUGUUGUAAAAAACAUAGACCUAAAUGUACCUGGUGCUCCCGCUGCGGUAUUGGGCGAUCUCGCAGAAUAUAUAACCUUGGCAUUCAUGAAAAAAACCCGUGACGAAGGAACCGUCAAUGAAAAAACGGACAAGCAAGGCAAGAAUGAUUUGGUCGAGCAGAAGACACCAGCAAAAAACACAAAUUCGAACACUAAAAAGUCGAAAACGGAGGCACCAGUUACAACGUCUAAAAAGUCAUAUGAAACAGUAACCUUCAUUAUAUUCUCCAAGACUUCCAUGCGUAUGGUUGAGAGCUUGUUCAAAAAGUUUGUGAAGGAUAAGGGGGUUUAUUCCGAAGGUGUCUUUGAGAAAAUCAUUUGGGCAUACGGAGUUCCGAUGAAAUUAAAAUACAAUUGCCCACCAUCAGGAAAGCAUGUUGAAGACGUUGAACUUUGGAAGAUUGCCACUACUGCUUUUCUGAAGAUUGUGAAAGAAGGGUUAAUUGAAUUAGAAGGUUUCGGGAACGAUAUUUCCGAUGAGCGCUUCGUAAAUACUUGGAAACAGUUAGUCGAUGUUAUUCAAGGCACCUUGAUAUCUAAUAGUCACCCACCAUCCUUCCUCAAAGUGGAUCAACAUGACAUAGAUGAAGCCUUUGAUAUGAAAUGUCUUUUCGACUUACAGACUGCCGUAAUGGUUCACAUGGGUCGUCCUCGAGUUCCACAAGAUCUUAUUAAGAAGAUGGUUGAGGCGAUAAAAGAUGGGUCACGAUUGUAUUCCACCGACGUGCAAAGACAAGGAAAUGGAUACUUGAACCGAUCUCCAACGCCACCCAAUAAAGUAAAUGAACCACAUCUCAAAAAAGCUCUUGAGGAGGUGGAAGGAGUAACUACCAAAAUUAUUCCUGUAGCUAGAGAAGGAUUUGC